CGUGUUCGGAAGCACAGCUGUCGGGUCUUCGCCUGCAAUGCUGCCGUGUGGCCAAAGGUUCUCGGGAGCGGUCCUUGUCUUCUCACUAUAUAUUCCACUAUAAACUUGAAUCUAAGAGUAGGGCGGGAACAUUAUGCCGCAGCAACACUUGACUGUGCUGCAGUGGACACGCUGUACCAGUGAUUUGAAGUACUGACAUCUCUGCUGCCAUCUGCGAGUAAAGGCUACCAAUACAAGAAGCAAUCGGCUAGGCUAGCCCUCAAACAAAAGAUAUCAUCAUGGCACAGCGACUCUGCAGGUGUGGCUGAUAGCGAUUAGUGGACGGAACGCUUGACUAUCAAAGGAUUAGUAAUUUAAGCCGGAUACAUGUUUCAUGUCUUCUGCGCAGUGCAAUUGCUGCUGGCGGCUGUGUGCUAUUAUCCUAUUAUUUCCGCAAAUGUGGCGCCGCCUUACCUCAAUGCCAAGCCCGAGAAUACUACGCAAAAGGUGUGCUACAAGUACGUAGGCUGCUUCAGCCGCCAGGACUACACACUCACGCACCCAUCGGCCUUCCCGGCCAACCCUAUCUUGGUCAAGACUGAGUUCAAGUUGUACUCACGUUCCAACAGUCGCUGGUCCGUGCACCUAGAGUACUUCCCAGAUCGAAAGUUGGAUGGCGAGGACCAAUUCAAAAUUCAGAAGCCCCUCAUAUUUCUGGUGCAUGGAUUCAUGGAGGACGGAGGAAAUCCCUGGAUCAAGGCAAUCAAGGAGGCGCUUUUGGAUGAGGCGGACUGCAACGUCAUCAUCGUGGACUGGGGUAGGGGCUCGAUGGGGCUGCAGUACCUUAAGGCGGUUGGCAACACGGCGCUGGUUGGCCGAGAGAUGUCUCUGCUGCUGAAACGGCUCAUUGAGCGGCACCCUACCACGCUCGCGCCUGGUCAGGUCCACGUGGUUGGAUUCAGCCUUGGAGCGCAAGUCGCCGGUUUCUUCGCUCGUGCAUUCAAGCUCUUGACUGGGCAAUCUAUCUGGCGCAUCACCGCAUUGGACCCUGCUGGCCCGCUGUUUGCUGGUACGAGAAUGUGCGUGAGCAAGGGGGAUGCCCGUUUCGUGGACGUCAUCCACACCAGCGGCGGUAAAGACAUUUUGAAGGGCCAUAUGGGUGUAGCCACACCCGUUGGCGAUGUCGACUUUUAUCCAAAUGGGGGCAUGGAGCAACCCGGCUGCAUAGCGCCCAUCCCGUGUCAUCACCUGCGAGCGACGGCUUAUUUCCUCGAGUCACUGCGUAACAAGAAGUGCCAAUUCGUGUCUGCAGCAUGUAAGGACGGCUUCCCGGCAUUGAGGAAACGCCUGUGCGUGACGGGCGCGGACUCUGGGCUCAUGGGCUACUACAGCUACAAAGCCGCUGGUAGGGGAGUCCAGCUGCUCACCACCAACGCGCGUCCAGACUAUUGCAGUACGACCCUGAAGACCACGUGACCAGCAGGCCCACUCGAAGUUCCUUCAAAAGUGCUUCGACAUAAAGCGAUAUUCGUUCGCCAAUUGUGUUACCCUAGCACGCAAGUUAUUUCGUGAAAGCAUGAAAUUAAAGCAAACAGCUGUCUCCCAAGUGCAGUGUCGGUCUAGCAGGACCUCCAUUAUCAGGGUUUGCCAGCUGAACAAAAACAAACAAGAACACUCACAGCGCUGCGAGGGUC